UGAGGACGACCUUUCCGGUUCCGCUUGGGAGCUCGCAGGCGGAGGAAGCAUGGAGGUGGUGGCUGCUGCUGCUGGCGGCUUGCCGGCGAGGCGAAAGCGAGGGCGAAAAGACUGUGGGACUGUUAGCGAGGGUGGCGCCCGCGUGGCAGCUGCAGAUCCAAUGGAGGAGGACCGCCGAUCUCGGCACUUGGCUCUUUUGGCAAAGAAGUGUGCAGAGGACCGCGGCCUGGAGGAGCUGGUGUUCGGGGAUUCAGAGGAGGGAGAAAGUCUGCUAAGGCGGCUGCAAGGCCGCCCCUCUGCGCAGCAUGGGGAAGCGGUUAGUGGGAACCUUCUUGAAGAGGAAUCCUGUGAGUCAGGAACUGAUGAUGAUACAGACAGUUGCCUGCUAUCUAAAAAGCCAGUGUGGAUGGAUGAGGAUGAUGAAGCUGAAGAGACAAUUGACAUGACUCAUCGAUAUAGGAAAAAUAUGAUGAAAAAUGAUGCAGAAAGUAAACUUACUAAGGAAAAGCUUCAGAGGAGACUUCAAGAAGAAUUUCAGGGUGUUAUGGGAUCAACUCCUUCUUGGGCAAAGAGGUCUAUGAAGAAGAAAAUUAGAAAAACAAAAAAUGAAGAUGACAGUGAAGAGGACGAAGAUGUUGAUCUACUACGCAAAACAGGCAAUUUUCUGACCACAUCAGAGUCUUUACCAAGAGGUAUUUUGCAGUUGAAAAAGUGUUUGCCUGCUAAUAAUGAACGUCUGUCAGACGUAAAACUUACAACUGUGCAGUUCCAUCACUCUGCUCAAGUUGUAAUGACAGCUGGGAUUGAUCAGUCUGUAUCCUUGUUUCAGGUGGACGGUAAAACGAAUCCAAAGAUACAGAGCAUCUUCUUAGAAGGUUUUCCGGUCUACAAGGCACGUUUUAGUGCGGAUGGAGAGCAGAUUAUAGCCACUAGUAUACGUGAAAAGCUGUUCUAUAUAUAUGACAUGAUGGGUGGAAAGAUUAUUCCUGUAAACCAUAUCAGAGGUUUAGAGGAGAAAUUUGUCAGAAAAUUUGAAGUAUCUCCAGAUGGAUCAUUCCUACUGAUUUCUGGGCUGUCAGGAUAUCAGCAUUUAAUAUCAAUGAAGACAAAAGAGUUUGUCGGCAGCAUGAAAAUAAAUGGGAGAGCCAUUGCAUCAACUUUUUCUCCAGACGGCAGUAAAAUCUACACCCAUUCUGAUGAAGGUGAAGUCUUCAUAUGGGAUGUGAAAAGUAGACGAUGUUUGAACAGGUUUACUGAUGAAGGUUGUCUUCGUGGGACGAGCAUUGCAGUCUCAAAAAAUGGCCAAUACGUGGCUUGUGGUUCCAGUUCUGGAGUUGUGAAUGUGUAUGCCCAGGAUGACUGUCUCAGAAAAACCACUCCUAAACCUCUGAAAGCUGUAAUGAAUCUGGUAACUGCUGCUACAUCGCUGUCCUUCAAUCCCACUUCAGAAAUACUGGCAAUUGCUUCCCAAAAAAUUGACGAUGCAGUGAAGCUGGUCCACAUUCCUUCCCUUACAGUAUUCUCAAAUUUUCCUUGGUCUGGGAGAAAGGUAAUAUACUUGGCUGAAUCCAUGGACUUCUCACCCAGAAGCGGAUUUUUUUCUAUAGCAAAUAACAAAGGCAAAGCUUUAUUGUAUAGGUUGCAACACUACUCAGACUUCUAAGCUGUCUACAAUGAGGUGGUCUAAUCUUUGGCUUUAAAGAUGUGGAUGAAUUUCAUUUUUUAAAAAAAAUUAUAUGCAUUUCACUUGAGUAAUAAUACAACUAAUGGUAACUUUACAAACUGCUCUCCAGCCUUUUUCCUUUGCGUCACCAGUGUAAUAUCAAAAAGAGCACAUUGCAUAGGAAUGAGGGCAAAUCCACACAUAAAGAGAAAUUGCGUUGCAAGCUUUCUUGGGGCCACUAACAGCAGAAAAACCUAGGGAGGAAACAAAAAUGAUAAUGUGGAAGGAUGAAUCAUAGGCUAGUCCUAUUUCUGACAUUCUGUUGGAGGAUUUUUUCUGUUGGAGUGGAACAGCUAGGCCUAUGAUUUCCCUCACUUGUGAUCUGGAGUGAUCAAUUUCAUUCAAUAAACCAGGGAUGGUGAA